ACUGGAUUAUCAUUGAGUUGUGGCUGUGAAGGGGAUCGUUUUCAUGACUUACUCCUUGGAAAUUUCCUAGUUUUGAUUGCCUUUGUUAGGAGAUCCUUGUCAACUCCUUAUUUCCCCCCCCCCAAAGUUAGACCUUUGGAACUGGAUAUUCAGGAAUCAGAUAUGUUCACCUUCAUAAUUUAUUCCUAUGAGAUUUUUUUGUUUUGUUUGUCUGAGUUUUGAUCAAGACAUGAUUGUCAAUUUUUAUUUUCUUAGAAAGUCAGAGCUUUGGAACAGGAUAAUCAAGAUUUGGACACAUUGAUCGAGUUGCCUGAAUUUCUUCCAGAUGAAAAACUUUGGGGAGCUCCAUAUAGCCAUGGUCUUCACCCAUGUGUCAAACCUACUGCCAAAUAUAAAGCCUCCCAAGGAUUGGAUCGGUAUAUGACUGUAAAGAGUAAUGGGGGACUGAAUCAGAUGCGUGCUGGUAUCACUGAUAUGGUGGCUGUGGCACACGUAAUGAAUGCAACUCUAGUUAUUCCUCAACUUGAUAAGCGCUCAUUCUGGCAAGAUUCAAGUACAUUUUCAGAUGUCUUUGAUGAAGUUCAUUUCAUCUCAAGCUUACAAGGAGAUGUGAGGAUUGUCAAAGAACUUCCUAAGAAACUAGAAUCUGUUCCCCAUGCAAGGAAGCACUUCACUUCUUGGUCUGGUAUGAGCUACUAUGAGGAGAUGAUACAUUUAUGGAACGAGUUUCAGGUGAUUCAUGUUGCAAAAUCAGAUUCUAGACUUGCAAAUAACGAUCUGCCUCUUGAUAUCCAGAGGUUGAGAUGUCGUGUUAUGUAUGAUGCUCUACGUUUCUCUCCUCCUAUUGAGAAUUUAGGGAAGAAGCUGGUGGAGCGGCUGAGAUUUCAAGGGGGACGCUAUAUCGCUCUUCAUCUGAGAUAUGAGAAAGAUAUGCUAUCUUUUACUGGCUGUACUACCGGACUUACUGAUGCAGAAUCUGAAGAACUGAGAAUAAUGAGGGAAAACACUAACCACUGGAAGAUGAAGAAAAUAAAUUCAACAGAACAGAGAAAUGCAGGCUUGUGUCCACUGACUCCCAAGGAAGUGGGAAUAUUUCUUCAAGCUCUUAGUUACCCUCCAUCAACAUUGAUUUAUAUUGCUGCCGGGGAAAUUUAUGGUGGUAACAUCCAUUUAUCUGAACUCAAAGAUCGCUUCCCAAAUGUCAUACUCAAGGAAAUGAUUGCAACCCAAGAAGAAUUGAGGGCAUUUGUGAACCAUGCUUCACAGACUGCAGCACUUGACUACAUUGUCUCUGUAGAGAGUGAUGUGUUCAUUCCAUCUUAUUCAGGCAACAUGGCAAGAUCUGUUGAAGGACACCGUAGAUUCUUAGGCCACCGGAAGACAAUCACUCCUGACAGGGAGGGUCUUGUUGAAUUAUUUGAUAAGCUGGAAACCGGACAGCUUAAAGAAGGAACUACCUUGUCAGAUCUUGUGAUGCAAUUGCACAAGAACAGGCAAGGAUCACCAAGGAAAAGAGGUGGUCCUCUUCCAGGAUUAAAAGGCCGAGCACGGUUGAGGACAGAAGAAUCUUUUUAUCAAAAUCCUUAUCCAGAAUGUAUAUGCGGUCCUAAAAGUGGGCUACAAUGACAAAGAGCAAGUGUGUCGUCCAGCAGUUGAAGACUGACCCAGCCAUUUGUCACAUUCUUUUAGAGAACCUGUAAGACUGUCGUGUAGAUGAAAUUUUAUAGGCCCAUCCUUCUGUAAGUCUUUUGAGCACUGAACUAGUUUUAGCACUUCUGCUCAUUUCUCAGUGGAUGGGUUUCUUUUGGACGAUGGGUCUCUAUGUAACUAAAGAACAAUUGGGAUUCCUACUUUUUAUAGUUAUAAAUAAUUUGUUGG